CCCCCUUCAAAGCACAAACAAAAACAAAUUGGCACUAAAUGGCUGCUUGAAUUCAAAGCGGAAUUUUCCGAAUUUUUCACUUUUUGUGCAUAAAAACUUGCUCUUUUUGAACAUCACACAGACGAGAUGACUUCCGCGUUGUAUUUGGAACAUUAUCUUGAUGGGCUCGAACAUCUGCCGAACGAGCUGAAGCGUAAUUUUACGCUGAUGCGAGAUUUGGACUCCCGUGCCCAGGUUUUGAUGAAAUCCAUCGACGAGAAAGCCAACGAGUUUAUGAAGCAGCUGGCCAACUCGAAGGAAAACUUUCCGGACGAUGUAAAAAAGGAAAAACUGCGAGCCAUUCAGGAACUGUUCAACAAGGCCAAGGAAUUCGGCGACGACAAGGUACAGCUGGCCAUUCAGACGUACGAGCUGGUAGAUAAGCACAUCCGUCGGUUGGAUUCGGAUUUGGCCCGUUUCGAGGGGGAAAUCCAAGACAAGACAUUGAACGCUCGGGAGAAGUCCGAGGAAACGGUCACGAAGAAGGGCGGCCGGAAGAAGGUCAAGGACGCCAAGAGCUCGGCCAAGAAGAAGCGUGCCCAUUCGUCGGAGGACGAGGGACGCGCAACCGGGGGUAGUGGCGCUGGUGCUAGUGGCAGUGCCGCGGGUAAUACCAGCACGAACGGUAAAGGCAAGAACACCAAGAAGCAGAAGGUAAAUCAAGAAGAAAAGGGCCGCAAGGGUAAUAAGAAAAACGCCGAACUGGAUGACAGCGCCCAGGAUGGCGGCCAUGGAACACCACAUCCAAGCGAUGUCCUGGACAUGCCGGUCGAUCCGAAUGAACCCACCUAUUGCCUGUGUCAUCAGGUUUCGUACGGUGAAAUGAUUGGCUGCGAUAAUCCCGAUUGUCCCAUCGAGUGGUUCCACUUCGCUUGCGUCGGGCUCACCACCAAACCGAAAGGUAAGUGGUUCUGUCCAAAAUGUUCACAGGACCGGAAGAAGAAAUAGAUGGUGGCGUCCAGUGGCCAGCCCAGGAUGGACGAAGCGCAUCCGCUUCGGGGACGAGAUCGUAACGUCGACCACUGAGUAUUGCUAAGAGACGUGUAAGAUUUUGCGAUGGAAAUCUACAUUUUAUUUUAGAUGCGUGUGACUGUUUCGGAUAUGAAUGUACGAGAGUAAUUACUAUUGAUGAUGUAUUCGAAUCUUGAUAAACUUUUCUCCAAUUA